GCAGGACACUUAGUGUUCUCCCGAAACGAUGUGUCAACCACCAGACAUAGGAUAAACACGAAGCUAAACCACGAGACAGGCCAGGCGCACCACUUAGACUAUUUGAAUAUUACUGUCAUGAUGGGGGAAACGUAAGCUAAGCUAGGAAGCUGUUAGCUAGUGGUUUGCACUGCAGAAUAAGAGGAUACAGGGUAUAAAUGGAUAACCAUGGCAACAGCAGCAGCAGCAGCAGGAGAAGCGUUGAGCAGCAGCUUACGACAGCGAUAUAAACACUGAACACAGACGGGGAAGGCAUCAUACAUCCGCCGACCGAAAGGAAAGUGUCGCUGCAGGUUGUGAAGCCAAAGCCUUGUGGAUAUUCAUUAGACAGUGGUGAGCGCAUCAGUGAGCAAGGGGAUGACCUGGAACAUAUCAUGUCUGAAGUACAGGGGACGUUGGAGUUUUCUGUAGAGCUGCACAAGUUUCACAAUGUGGAUCUCUUCCAGAGAGGAUUCUACCAGGUCCGAGCAGGGUUGAAGGUCUCUCCUCGUGUACCACACAGGUUGAUAGCAACAACACCAGGGAAUGCAGGUGACUGUAGUUUCAGCUCUGCGGGGGUCCAUGAUGGGGUCCAUGAGGACACUACGGUGUUCAGCCGGAUCUUCCAGAUCCUCUACCGAAACGAAGAGGUCAACGUCGAUGACCGCAUGCUCUUCAAGGUCCACCUACUGCUCGAUGGGGAGAGGGUGGAAGAGGCUCUGAGUGAAGUGGACUUUCAGUUGAAGCUGGACCUUCACUUCACAGACAACGAGGAACAGUUAGGGGACAUCGUGACAGUCCCAGUCAUCAGCAGUAGAACCCUGGGUCUCCACUUCCACCCCAGGAGAGGUCUCCACCACCAUGUACCUGUCAUGUUCGACUACUUCCACCUGUCCGUCAUCUCUGUUUCCAUACACGCAUCCUUGGUGGCCUUGCAUCAACCUCUCAUCAGUUUUGCCCGUACAGGGAAGGGUUCCUGGUUGGGGAAGGGCUCUCCGGAGAACGGUACUGACGUGUCAGCCAUGGGGGUAUCCAUGGAGAACCUGAUGUUUGGGGCUGGAUACUGCAAACCUGUCAUCACAGAGGGUAGUUUCUACGUCCCCAGUGAGAACUGUCUUCAGAGAGCUCACACGUGGCAUGGUAGACUCUGUCGCCUCCUACUGGUGGUACACCGAGGCGUACGCUGCUACUACACCACUCUGAUGAAGGAGAUACCACAGCUGGACCAAGUGGAAAUAGAGGAGCUACCUGUGGAAGAAACAUUAAAUCAGCUCACAAUAGAAUUACAGCUGCAGGGGGGCCAUGAGAAGGUAGCAGAACAGAUCAGUAGAGAUCUCACCCUGCUCUGCUCCCAGCUGUCGGCUUUGUGGACCCGCUUCCUGGAGGCUGCCGUACCCAACACACAUAUCCUGUCCCACCUGGCCCAGGAACACCACACACUCAGGGUCAGGCGAUUUUCAGAGGCAUACUUCUUCACAGAACACCCCAAAGAGACGUCCCUGACAUUUCAAGAGGACCUGAUCAACAGACACUGUCAGAUAGCUGUGGAGGUGCGUAACUCCAACUACCUGACCAGGAUGCCACCAUUACCUGUAGAGUGCCUGGACAUUGACGGAGACUGGAACAGCCUGCCUAUCAUCUUUGAAGACCGAUAUGUAGAGUCUCCACGGACAGAUUGGGGAUCAUAUGCACCAACACAUCUGCCCACCAGUGAGCAGGCCAUCCCCAAACCUCCUGUCACUGAUACAAACAUUAGUCCUCCUGCCCUGAACCAGCUCGCCAGCUCACCAGCAAUACCAACCCAGGAGCCUAAAGACAGUCAGGCUACGUACAGGUCUCUUAUAGGAGAGCAGAGCACCAGCGUUAUUACUGACAAGAUAGGUUCUCUAUCUUUUGAGACUCCAGAAACAGACCGGGGAGAGCCAGUCCAGCCAGGGGAUCCAGAGGAGCAGACUGAGACAGAGGAGAUCUCAGAGGAGAGCCCUGGUUUAGGCCUGAGGUUCCUUACAGUCGGACCCACUGAUGUGGAUCCGUUCAGAGGAGAGGCAGUGCUCUCCUCCAAACACUGUACAGACCCACAACAUACUUUUAACAGUGAAGACACAACUUGGAAAGACUUGGAGAACCACCAAGACAUCAUCACACAGAGAUACCAGAACAUUAUCAGUACAGGAAUUGACUUGGAUGUAGAAGAGAAGGACGUUGCUAUAGACACCGACAGCAAGGAUGUUCCUCUGAGCAGUCUAACCACUAACUCCCAGGCUCCACUCAAAGAUCAUCCCCUCACGCCCCCUCUACCUACAGACCUGAGGAGAGAACUGGCCAACCGAGGGGUGGGGGUUGGUGGCUCCAAGAUCCUAAACCGCUCCCCCUCCGUCAUCUCCGACUCUGGCAUCGAGAGCGAGCCCAGCUCGAUGGCCUGGCCCCUGGAUGUUUAUCGGACGGGGGGAGGGCGCCCUCUGGAGGAGAGCCUGGUACUGCAGCGCCUGGCGAGGAGAAACCCGGCCCACCGCAGUUCCCUAGAGGGCCUGCAGACAGAGAGCGGAAACAGCAGGGGCAGCCUGCCCAAUGGAGGGGGUGGCAGCUCUGGCAUCCAGGCCUCCCUCACCUCCAUCUCCUCCCUACCCUACGAGGACGACGAGGAACAGAGGAACCAGCUCAGUAAACUGACCAAGUCUGUCUCAGCUCCUCAGAUCUCCAGCCCUGAGGACACAGAAGAGGGCCAGGGAGGAGCGGAGGAGGAGGUAGACACGGAGAGCGAGGGGACCAGCGGGUACCAGGACCAGGAGGAGGGAUACACUACCAUCUCCACUGCUGCCACUAAUGUAACGACUGGGGAUGUGAUCAGACACCUGGAGUCCUUAUCCGGGGUUAACCACUCCUCUCUGGAGGACAUCAAGGAGGGAGAGCUGCCUGAGGUUGGUCUGUUUGACUGGGGAGCAGCUCCGUCACCACCCCAGCAGGUGACCAGAGCUCAUCAGGAGAGUGGUUGUGAUCUUAAAGAAACUCUUAGAUCUAAUGAAUCUGCUCUGCCAGAGACCCUGUCAUACACUCAGGACAUGAAGGCAGUCUUAAGUGGCAUUAGUCGAGUUCCUGAAGUCUUGCUGUUCCAACAGUAUGUUGAAGGUCAUGAUGACGUGAAGGAUCCAGCUAUAGUCCGUCAGAUGGAGGAUAAGAACCAUCACAGAGGAGAUAGCAGUGGUGUGUUAAACUCAGUUGACCCAGGUCUCUGUGAAGAAGAGAUCGCCCCCUGUAGCUGUGAGACCAAACCCAAACCCUGUGAACAUGACAGCAGUGUGCUGGUGGAUGAUGUGAAGGAUAAUCCAGUCAGGGAUGACAUUCAGAGUCUCCAUCAGAUUGGGUUGAAUGACCUUGUUGACCAGGAACGGCUGAAUCAUCACCAGACUCCGUCCCAGAGCCUCCAUCGGGUCGGGUUGCGUGACCUAGUGGUGGUCUCACAGAGGAAGAGCCUCCAUGACCCCAGGCCUAUCCCCUCUAUCCCCAACCACACAGAGAGACCCAUCCACCUCCUAGGCCUUAUUGCCAAUGAUACGGCCAGGCCUGAUGACCUCAUAGGGCUCCCGGCCAAUGAGAGAGAGGAGCUGGAUCUCAACGGUCAGACCAAGCUGGCUAAGAUCCCCAGUAGCUCGGGGUCAGGGGCGGGCUCGGGGUCAAGCUCAGGGUCAAACUCAGGGUCAGGCCUAUCCUUUAUGAACAGGAAGAUGGUGGAGGUGGUGAAUAUGUCUGUGUCCUGCGCUCCGACCUGUCUUCCCUUCUCCUCCGUUGUCCGGGACUCACCGUCCAUUAGCGGCAUCUCUACUCGACAAGCCGCAUCCCCCAUUACCCAUCAGCCCCUGGGCUCCUUCGGCAUCAUCUCUUCGUCCUCGUCCAAUGCCCUGGGGCCAGAUGACGAAACAAACGAGAGGAUGCUGCAUUUCUACAGGUCCAAAGAGGAUCUGGUGAAGGAGCUGGUAUUCCAGGCAACCCUGUACAGUGACCUCCCUCACCUGGCCUCCGACCUGCCCUACUUCCCCCCUGAGGAGGAGGAUGAGGAGUUUGAGGAUGGCAUACACCUGGUCGUCUGUGUCCACGGCCUUGAUGGCAACAGUGCAGACCUUCGCCUGGUGAAGACCUUCAUAGAGCUGGGAUUACCAGGGUCCAGACUGGACUUCCUCAUGUCUGAGAGGAACCAGACUGACACGUUUGCAGAUUUUGACACCAUGACGGACAGGCUACUAGACGAGAUUAUCCAGCACAUUCAGCUGUACAACCUCACCAUUGGACGGAUAAGUUUCAUCGGUCACUCUCUGGGGAACGUGAUCAUCCGGUCGGUUCUGACAAGGCCUCGGUUCCGCUGCUACCUGAUCAAACUGCACACCUUCCUGUCUCUGUCCGGACCACACCUGGGAACUCUGUACAACAACAGCACGCUGGUCAGCACAGGUCUGUGGCUGAUGCAGAAGCUGAAGAAAUCCGGAUCGUUGCUGCAGCUUACCUGCAGAGAUCAUACCGAUCCUCGGAAAACAUUCCUCUAUCUCCUCAGCCAGAAACCAGGGCUCCAGUUCUUCAAGAAUGUGGUGUUGGUGGCAUCACCUCAGGACAGAUAUGUUCCCUUCCACUCUGCCAGGAUAGAGAUGUGCAGGACUGCACUCAAAGACAGGACCACAGGUCCAGUGUACACGGAGAUGAUCAACAACCUACUCCAGCCGUUGGUGGGGUCUAAAGACUGUCGUCUGAUUCGCCAGAAUGUGUUCCACGCCCUGCCCAACACCGCCAACACUCUGAUUGGCCGAGCCGCUCACAUCGCCGUGCUCGACUCUGAACUCUUCUUGGAGAAGUUCUUCCUGGUAGCAGGGCUCAACUACUUUAAAUAGAACUUCAAACUACUUAAAACAGUAUUUCAAACUACAUUAAAGGGAUACUUCAGGAUUUUGGCAAUGAAAUCCUUUAUCUACAUCCCCAGAGUCAGAUUAACUUGUGGAUACCAUUUGAUUGUCUCUGUGUGCAGUUUGAAGGAAGUUGCUAACUAGCUUUAGCGCAAUUGCUAACUAGCAUUAGCACAAUGACUGGAUGUCUAUGGUAACUGCUAGCAUGCUAUAUACCAUAGACUUCCUGUCAUUGCGCUAACGCUAGUCAGCAUUUGCUCACAAAACGACCUCUAACUUCCUUCAUACUGGAUGCAGUUGGUUAAAAAAUGUAUGAGUUCAUCUGACUGGGAAAGUAGAAAAAGGGCUUCAUUGCCAAACCCGAAGUAUCCUUUUAAAUAGAGGCUCACCUACUUCAAGUACAGGCUCAAAUACUUAAAGUAGAUCCACUACUUCAAAUAGAGCUGUAGCUACAAAUAAACUGUGUGUAUGUGUGUAUGUAUGUAUGUAUGUAUGGCUUAGAGAGGCCCUAGGUCUUAAUGAAGAUCUCCUUGUUGUGGUUGACUGGCGAGGAGGAUUUGGUGAGAGAAAGGGGGUUGCACCAUGACUAUAUUGUGUGUGUGUAUGUGUGUGUGUGUGUGUGUGUGUGUGUGUGUGUACACAGUACCAGUCAAACGUUUGGGCACACCUACUCUUACCAAGGUUUAAAAAAAAAAAA